AAAAUCUAAAUCUUGCGAGCUACUGAUAUAAAAAUGGCGGCGCUCAGCGCUCCAAUCGGAAUCGAUCGGACAUCUCCGUCUUUUCUGCAGCGACCGUCUUUAACAAAAAUUUAAAAUGGGUAAGCGCAACAACAUGGUGCCCAAUGGGCAUUUCCAUAAAGCGUGGGAGCAGAAUGUCAGAACCUGGUUCAACCAACCUGCCAGAAAAUUGAGACGGAAAAAUAACAGGAUUAAAGAAGCCAGAGCUGUCGCUCCACGUCCUGUCAAGCACUUAAAACCAAUUGUAAGAUGCCCGACUGUCAGGUACCACACUAAAGUACGUCAAGGUCGAGGAUUUACAUUGGAGGAGCUGAAGGCUGCUGGUAUAAACUGCCGAGAAGCACCAACGAUUGGAAUAGCUGUUGAUUAUCGCAGGCGUAAUAAAUCAAUUGAAUCUCUUCAAAUUAAUGUUGCUAGAUUGAAGGAAUAUCGCUCCAAGUUGAUUCUCUUCCCUAAGAAUUCUAAGAAGCCGAAGAAGGGAGACUCAACUGAAGAAGAGUGCAAGGUAGCCACGCAGCUGCGUGGCGAAAUAAUGCCAAUUCGUCAGAAGGCGUCUCUUAAAUCCAAGGCCCGUGUAAUCACCGAAGAAGAGAAAAAGAUCUCGGCUUACGUGACGCUUCGUAAAGCUCGCGCUGAUGCUAGGUUGGUCGGAAUCAGGGCCAAGAGAGUUAAAGACGCCGCUGAGAACCCUGAUGAUGUCACCAAGGUUCCUGUUGGAGACAAGAAGACUAAGAAAUGAACAACAGUUUCUUUGAAUUUUGUAAAUUAAUAUUUAUUAAUAAAAUCAAUCAAAUACAAAUU